AUGAUACACGCCAUUCCGUGCGCCUCGUCUGCGACACACCGGUACAAUACACCUUCACUCUUUCCGGUCGUGAGCUCCGAGCAACCGGUGAUCCGUCCCAAAAGCCUCAAACGAGGACUUCGUUUGGGGAUCACCGACACAGAGACUGCCAAUCCUCGGCGCCGACGCCCUUGCAAAGUAUGGGACCAGAGCAGGUCCAUCCGGAAGUCCAUCAUGGUGGCCGGCCUUCCCGAACUCGUCGUAAAAGGGAAGGAGGCUUUGAACAUGGGCGUCGGGGAAAGCGUGAAGGUGGUCACUGAGGGAGAUGGCACGGAGGUGGAGGACGGGGAAUACUUCCAUACCCUCCCCGAUAACACGGUCUUCCUUCUCCUUCGAACCAAUGAGAAAUGGACGCCUCCGCACGCCAUGGAGCUGGAUCUUAAAGUUCAAGCAGUGAUCCCGAAGGCGGUGCGAGAGGCCAUUCCUGCGCUGGGGUUGCAGGAAGAAGCGCCGAGUUGGCGACUCACGGACAUCCGAGGUCUCAUCACCUUAUUCCUGGAAUGGGAUCUGAGCGGGAGAGGCGAUCGUCCCUCGUUGGCUCUGGCGUCCAUGGACCCGAUAUCUCACAUGCCUCACAGUCCCCUUCACACCCCGGUUUCGCCCACGCCGACUCGAGUUCCCAAGGAGACGUUGAUCAAUCACGGGGUCGUCCCGGCCAUCAAGGUCAGCAGCGGAGACCUCGGUUCGUCUCGCAGAUUUCUUCAGAGCCAGGCUACAGCCGAACCAUCGUUCCGGGGUCACAGUCCCACGGAAUGCGAUUUCCAUUGCUGUGCCCUUCAUCAGGCGGAAGGGCGUCACCUACCUGGAUUCACACCGACCCCGUCGGGUCAUAGGUCACCGCACGUCCACUUUCGGCCGAACGAGCGAGACGUGUUCAGAGAGAAACCCCUGCCCCCGCCGCCACCGAAUGCAGAGAGUUCAGAAUCCGAGACCGACCCUGGGAUUCCGGAAGAGAGUUCCCGAGCCCGGAAGACUCUCCUCCUGUCUGAUCGGGUCACCAGUGAGCAUCCCCAUCAUCUGUCGGUCAGAGACCUUGGAGUCAUCCUGGAAAGACUCAGUUCCAGAAUCGUGGACGUGGAGAACUUGACGCGUGAGAAAGUUAACGAGGAUGUCUACAGUUGGAAGAUCGGCGCCGUCGUGAAAGGAGACAUGAUGAGGAGCCUGGGGGUCCUAUAUCAGGGCAACUAUUACGUCAUCUGUGAGCAUCCGGAUUCACGGAGUCAUCCGGAUCACCCCGGUUUUGGGGACCGGAACGAUAGUGAAGCCGACACUCACAUCUGAGAGACUUUCAUUCUUCUUGGGCUUCCCUGGUCCUUGGAUCCUUGUUGGGUUUCCGUCUUGCUCAAACAAACAGAGUCUUUGGGACGAGUUUCUGCAUGGUUUCGAGUUAAUAUGACAGAGUUUACGAUGGGGGAUGCGGGUGUCGUUGACAAUCCUCGGUGUUUGUUGUGGAUGGACUCUGGAAGUCUUGGUGCUUCUUGUUACCAUAGCAGAGCAUGCACAUGUAUCAUAUUGUGGCGAUUGGGUGAAAAAGUGUUUCGGCUCAUUUCCUCGGUGCCAACACUUCCUCUUCUUCCUCUUCUUCUUCGUCUUCUUCGUAUCCCGAUGCCAAAGCAGGAAAAAAGACGUUCAUCUUGUGCGGGAUUCCUCAUGGUAUCCCAAUUUUUUGCCAAACACGGAUGAAUGAUGUGAUUUUAGAAUCAUUAACUGCCAUUAGCCACUGCCAAAGCGGGAAAAGCCCUCUCACCCUUUUGCCAAACUCUGCAUGAAUCAUGGGUUAAAAGGAUUUUUUUUUUUCUCUCAAAGGACCACACAAUACAGAGCUAUAGAGGCAAUCACUCGCAUGAGGCUACCAUCACGACUUGACCCCGAAUUCAAGAUGACCUUGCUCAAAUUCCAGAUCAACUUGCCACUUACCUGUCGGUCGCUGCCACUUGGGAGGAAAUUGUCAGAACUCGUCUGGAUUUGAUCCCACGAAAGACAAUCGCAUUCGCAUACCGUACAUCGAGAGACGUCUUGCUGUCUUGGUCAGGGUUCCGUGUUCCAGUAGGUUUUUUUUUUCUAGUUGGACUCGAUCGCACAACUCAGCUUUUGUCGAAUAUGAAUGCAAUGAUGUUAGGUUGUAUAGAAUGGAGAUCUUGAAGAUGUUUAAGGUUAGAGGAGAUUCCAGCCUCACUUUAGACAUAUCUGCCAGGAGGAGAAACUCAUCUCGAAUGACUUCCUUGAUUCCGACGAGUGGACUGGCUGGCACUUGCUGGGACCUCUGUUCCUCAAUGGGGG